CUUUUGAGGGCGGGACGUCGCCGCUCUUGUGGUGUCGGUCGCGAGAGUCGCUUUUUGACGUCCUUGGCAGCUGGAGCUUGGCGCCGCUCUCAACAAGCUCUCGUCAUGCUGCUGUUGGCUCUGGGUGGCCGGUGGGCAGCUGGACUGCGGCCCGGCGGGAGGAGGACUCCGUGGUGUGCGGCCGCCGCGCUCCGAGGUUCCGGGGUCGCCUUGUGGCGUGCGGUCUCCCGCGCCGAGCCCGGCCCGCGACCCUGGGGAGCGCAGAUACCCGUUUGUUGGGAGCGAUGUGUGCGAUGUACACAUACACGGUUUGAUAAACCAGAAGAUGGAAGGCUGAUUUAUACUGGGAACCUGGCCCGCACAGUAUUUGGUGUGAAAUGUUUCUCUUAUUCUACAAGUGUGAUCAGCCUUGCAUUUUUACCAUACCUUUUUUCACAAAGUAAUGUGACAUUUGGAAGUCUGCCUCUGCAAAUCUUAUUUUACGGAAUCAUGGGAAGCUUCACAGUGAUCACACCUAUGCUGCUUCACUUCCUUACAAAAGGCUACGUCGUUCGGUUGUACCACGAAGCCACAAGUGACACUUACAAAGCCAUUACUUACAAUGCUGUGCUUUCGGAAACCAGCACAGUGUUCCAUCAAAAUGACGUGAAGAUUCCAGAGAGUGCACAUAUAUUUACCACCUUUUAUGCAAAAACAAAGUCACUGUUAGUUAAUCCCAUGCUCUUCCCAAACCCUGACGACUAUAACCAUCUAAUGGGUUAUGACAAACCAUUCACUUUUGAUAUGGAAGAAGUCAGUGAAAAGAAACUGCAUGGGGAUGAAAAAUGACCUGUUCUUUGGUUUGGUUUACAUGUCAUGUAAAUUUCAGUGUGUAAUAAGAUUGCCUACAUUUUGUUAUUGUUAGUAAAUGAUUGUUUUUUUAAAAAAAAUACAGUUUAAAGCCCAAAGACA